UGUUUUUUUUACAUACAAUGUGCUACUGGAGGUCUAUUAUUUUCAUUUGAAGCAGCCAUUCUAGAGUCUUUUUGGCCAUUUCCAAUCCUUCAAAGAUUCACUUGUCCAAGAGAAACUAAUCCACGUUUUCGAGACCGAUGGAUGGCACCAAUUUAUGCAAUGUUUGGGUUUUGGCUGUUCUGUGUGGGCAGAUCAUGGCACUGAAGUUUAAAGUUAUUAAGCUAAAACAAAACUGAUACUAGUAACUAAGCCCCACAAUGUCAGAACCAGAUAAAAUGUUGCACUUUGCAAAAUGAUAUUUAGGAGCCAUGUCCAUCAUGACUGGACCCACAAAAACCAUCAGUUUGAUGCUGCUCUUUUAGGGUAUUUUUUGUUGAAUUCAACACCCAAACCAGUUUAAAUACGUAACAUGAAAUUUGGGAGAUACUUCCAUCAUGAGUAAACCCCGCAAAAAAAAAAAAUCUCAAAAAGCCCUGCUUGAAAAUAUAGAAUGUACUCACUUUGGCCAUUGUAAAGGGGUCUUCUAAAGACAUACUUGUCAUAGUGAUUUUGUCCGAUUGCUCUCAAAUUUGAAAUGUGUAUACUAGACAGAUGAGAAGGUGUCAGUUACAGGGAACUUGAGUGUUCUACUUUGCAAGUGCACAGAGUAUAAUAAAGUUUUGACUUGUUACAAAAAGCAAAAUGACGGAUGUAUAAAUUUGUGUAUAUGAAAAAGGAUCAUGAUUGUACUGGUGUAGGGGUUCCACAUCUAAAAAGCUACAUGUAUGCUCCCAAAGUCAGGUGUCAAGGGUGCUAAGGAGGACACCAACCUAGUGACCAACCGCUGUUUUUGCCACCACAGGGUCGGAGAUGACAGUGGACCAGGGAGGUUGAGUCUCCGCUUUUCCCGCUUGAGUGCCAGGCGUCAUUCCCGCGCGCCGAGUCAUCCCGACAGAUCCGCAGCGCCACCCCCGCAGCGACUGGCUCAGCAAGAGGACAGGGUUCCUCUAUCAAACAAUGUCCCACCUCCAGUUCGGGCUCCAGCUCCAGCUGCAGCUCCACAUCAAGUUCCAUCCCUGGCUCUGGUUUCUCUUGCCCCAGCAACAAAAAUUCCUCCCAAACGGCCGGACAAAUCCACCAAGCCCAAACUGCCCCCUCGGCCUCUUUCAAAGGGGUUCAGUAGUAAUGAACACAGCUCCAAUGUGUUACAGGGUUUUAAUACUUUCCGGGCAAGUGACGUCCUGUGCGAUGUGGUGUUGGUUCCCGGAGAUAGUCAGGAUACUUUCCCAGUGCACCGAGUCAUCAUGGCAUCAUCCAGUGACUACUUCAAGGCUAUGUUCACAGGAGGUAUGCGUGAGACAGAUAUGCGCGAGAUCAAGCUGCACGGCGUGACCACAUUGGGCCUGAAGAACAUUUUAGACUUCAUCUAUACAUCAAAAAUUAACCUGGACAUGGGUAACCUUCAAGAGACCCUGGAGGCUGCCAACUUCCUUCAGGUCAUCCCGGUGCUUUCGUUCUGCAACCAGCUUCUGAGCAGUGAGAUUACAGUUGAUAAUUGCGUGGAGGUGGAGUGCAUUGCAUCUGAUUUACUUCUGGAGGACUUGCAGCGCAACAUUGCGGAAUUUGUGAGCCGCAACCUGUCGGCCCUGGUGCAGUGCGGUCGCUACCUUCAACUCUCCAAGAAGACCAUCACCGGAGCCCUGGCCAGCAACUCUCUGAAUGGACUCUCUGAAAUGGAGCUCUACCAAAUCGCCAAAGCUUGGGUGACUCACGACUCUGACAAGCGCCGCCAUUCAGUUUACGACUUGAUGCGUCACAUUCGCUUCCCCCUGAUGAGCCCCUCCGAGCUGAUCCAGAUCUCCCAUGAAGAAAACGUAAAGGAUGAAGAAAGCGAUUCCCUGAUGCGUUCCGAGACCUCCUGCAUCAACCUCCUGUUGGAGGCAAGUAACUAUCAGAUGAUGCCCUUCAUGCAGCCGGGUCUCCAAAGUGAGCGCACACAGAUCCGGUCAGACACUACCCACAUUGUGGCACUGGGGGGGGUCAUGCGGCAGCAGCUGGUGGUGAGCCGUGAGUUGAGGAUGUAUGACAACAAAACAGGUCACUGGAGAGCCCUCAAGUCCAUGGAUGUGCCUUGUUACCAACAUGGUGUGGCCCUUCUGGGUGGCUUCCUCUUCAUCGUCGGAGGUCAAAGUACCUAUGACACCAAGGGUAAGACAGCCAUCGAUAGUGCCUACCGCUAUGACCCACGAUUCAACGUGUGGCUUCAGAUUGCUUCACUCAACGAGAAGAGGACUUUCUUCCACCUUAGCGCUCUGAAGGGGAAACUCUACGCUGUCGGUGGCAGAAAUGUGGCGGGAGAGAUCGACUCAGUGGAGUGCUACGACCUGAAGACCAACGAGUGGAGGUUUGUGAGAAGCAUGGCCGAGUCUCACUACGGACACGCUGGGACGGUACACGGCGACAUGAUGUACAUCUCAGGUGGCAUCACCCACGACACCUUCCAGAGGGAACUGUGGUGCUAUGACCCGGCAAGGGACACGUGGACCCGCCGCGCGGACAUGAAGGAGCUGCGGGGCCUCCAUUGUAUGUGCACUGUGGGGGAUCGCAUCUUUGUCAUGGGUGGCAACCACUUCCGGGGCAGCACCGACUAUGACGACGUACUGGCCUGCGAGUGCUACAGCCCCAAAAUCGACCAGUGGACGGUGGUGGCGCCCAUGCCGCGGGGCCAAAGUGAUGUGGGUGUCACCGUCUUCCAAGGCCAGAUCUACGUGGUGGGCGGGUACUCGUGGAACAGCCGCUGCAUGGUAGACAUCGUGCAGCGCUACGACCCCGAGGAGGACACGUGGGACCAUGUGUUCGACAUCUUGGAGCCUCUGGGUGGUAUUCGAGCCUGUACCAUGACUGUUCAUUUGCCAGAGGGCUCGGUAGACGAGGUUCAGAUCCAGGAGGUGCCCCUAACCACAGGCGAGAACUAAACUUGGGUAGCAAUUGGAUGGAAUCCCAAGGAAAAUUUUGUCUUUGAAAGACCCCUGGAAAUGAUCAAAAUGUUGAUUUAAAUCUGCUUCUAUCCAAAAUGGCAGACUCCUGUGCAUUAUACAAAAUGGCUUUUUGAGACUGUUUGGUGGGUCUACUCAUGAUAGUCAUGCCCACAGAAUUUUAUGUUGCUAACCGAAACUUGUUUCAGUGGUUUAAUACAUUUUUGUGUGUUCGAUUUCAUCAAGGAACUCCUGAUCGUUAUGUAACCUUGAAACAGCCGUUUCAAACCGAAGACACAGGAAACCUUCAGUAUUUUUAAGAACGAGUAGUUGAGACUUUUUGUGAGUAUAAUCCUGAUACUCAUGGUGACCCAAUUUCAUCUGGUUAAGUGGAAUUGGCUUCAGAGCCUAAAUUCUUGAAACAUUAAUGUGCCGAGUUUUUAUUUACUUAUGUUUUAUGGCAAAUCCUCACACUUCGGCAAACAAAGACAAGAACUCAAAAUAAAAAACCCUGAGAAUUCUCUUUGAAUGAAUGAAUGACAAUUGUUGUCAUGGUUCAGAUUAAGUAUCUAUCAAACAGAUAAAUCAAGUAAAAUUGUAGAUCCUCUUUGAAGGGCCCUUAGAAAUGUCAAACAGUCCUAACAAAAGCUGUUUCAAACCCAUUACGCAAUUUCUCUUUUCAAGCACAGCUUCUUGAGACUUUUAUCCAGGCCACUCACAAUAGAUGUCUACCAAAUGUAAUGUUGCUCAGUCAAACUGGUUUCAGGGGCUGAAUUUUCAAAUCACUACCAAAUAUACAUUUUCACCAGGAGGGACAUGCUUCGAGAUGAUCGUAAAAGGGCUACUUCGAACAAAACUGCAGACAUCCUUUGUCUUUUCAAGUUUGUUGCUUGAAAUGUUUUUUUGUGAUGCUACUCAUGAUUGAAUUCUGAAACAAAUUAUAGAUUGCUAAAUGAAUUUGGCUUGAGGAAUUAAUUUAAAACAAAUGACAAGAUGUAAAUUUUCCACCAGGUGAAACACCUGGAAAAUGAGCCCAAGGUGGCUGCUUCAAACAUACAUAAAUAAACAUAAAUGAAAGACUUCCUUUGUCUUUUUACAGCACGGCAUUUGGAGAGAUUUGUACAUAAGUCUACUUAUAAUAGUCAUCCCAACCAAAUUUCACGAUGCUAAAUGUAUCUGGUUUCUAUGGCUGAAUUUUAAAAUAUCAACCAAAUAUAUUUUCCCCUGGAUGAACCUGGCUGCUAGAUCACCAUAAAAUGGCCACUUUGAACUAAAACGCCAGACGUUGCAGUGUCUUCUCAUGCAUGGCUCCUUGAGACUUCUUUGUGAAUCUACUCAGAAUAGGCAUGCCUAUUAAAUUUCUUGGUUCUGAGGUAAUUUGGCUUCAGGGGCUGAAUUUCCCCAAAAUUCUGUGGGUAUUACUGAUCUGAUUUUUCCUUGGUCACGGCCGAUAUGCCAAAGAAACGAAGCAAUUUUUAGUUGCCACCAACAAGGAACUAUUGACAAUUUUCCUUUUUUUUUUUUUUUUUUUUUUAAAGUAAUUUCCCAAGACAAAGGUCAUUUGCACAGCGUUGACAAAGCUCUGCACUGUGGCUCAUUCUGAGCUGUUUAUGUCCAAGCAUGAGUUCCGGUCAUGAGUUUGGACAUCUGGUAGCUUGUGGCCACAAAACCUGUGCUUGCGUCACAUAUUCCCAGGGUGAUGAUGACUGAUGCUAGCUGGCUACAUGUUAGCAUCACUGUCAACAUUAGGGGAUUUCCUGGUUUUGCCACAUUUCAACAUUGUCUUAAUUCUAUGAGACUACAUGGUAGACUUUGAUGGUUUGGACAUGUUCAGAGGCGAGAGAGUGAGUAUAUUGGUAGAAGGGUGAUGAGGAUGGAGCUGCCAGGGAAGAGAGUGAGAGGUAGACCAAAGAAAAGGUUGAUGGAUGUUGUGAGGGAAGACGUGAUGGCAGUGGGUGUUAGAGAGGAAGAUGCAGGAUAGGCUGAUGUGGAAAAAAGAUAAGGCGCUGCAGCGACCCCUAACAGGACAAGUCGAAAGAAAAGCACAAGGGCACAAGGGUUUUUUCCAUUUUUUUUAAGAUACAUGUUAGCGUCGCUUAUGUCACCGUUGAACAAUUUCCCGGUUAAUACUUUUUUUAUGUCAACAUGAUAGCUGGCUACAUGUUAGCGUCAGUGACAUCAAAAUCAGGGAACUCCACACUUGGUUUACAUAAAAUUUUUACAUCAACCCUGUUAGAUAGCUACGUGUUAGUCUGGCUAGUGCCAUCAUUUUUUG